UGCGCAGCUGUGCCGGUGAUCCUGCCGCUGCACGUAGGGAAGAAGCAGAGACGCCUUGACAACCGACCUACCUUCCUCUCUCAAAAAAAAGAAAAAGAAAAAAGAGAGAGGAAAAAAAGAAAACACACCAGCAUUAACAAAUGCGACCAUGUACAGCGUGGAGGACCUCCUCAUCUCUCAUGGAUACAAGCUGCCCAAACAUACCACCCCCUCUUCCACCCCAACCCCUACCCCGGUCCCCACAUCCUCGUCCCACCAGGCUUCCUCAUCCUCACCACCGUCUUACAGCAAACAUCAUGAAAUCCUGGAGAACAGGCCUGGCCCCAGGACAGUGAAUGGCUAUGAAAGAGGGUCCGCAGUACCCUAUGGGAACAGCGGCGGAACCAGGCAGCCCCAAGUGUACGCAGGCAGCUGUCCCAGCAACAACAACGAACCCAGGGACAGGAGCCAGUCCAGGCGGGAGGGUGAGAGCCGAGGCCAGAUAGACACCCACUCCUUAGGAGAGUCGCUGACCUCAGACAGCGGGUUCUGUGAUGGCAGCAGAGGUCCGCAGUCGCAGUCCAAGGAUGUGUCCUACUGGAGAAGGAGAGGCCAGGACUUCACUGUGCUGUUGGACUAUGCUGACCUCAGAGAGUCCCAUGGAGCAGGGCAGGGGGGUUACAACAGGCCAGAGGGGCCUCAGCAAGCAAGAGGCCAAGAGGUGCCUGCGGAGGAGCGUCAGAGGGCAGCCCAGGAGAGGCAGCGCUGGGCAGCCCAGGCGCAGGCCCAUUCUCAGGCUCAAGCCCAGGUCCAGGCGCAGGCUCAUGCUCAGGCUCGCUCGAGAGAGAGGGAGGCAGCUCUCCAUCAGUGGAGGGUGGCGAGUGAGAGAAAGUGCCAGAGCCUGGGGACAGAUGAGUGGCGACCAGCCGUGAGCUUUGGCCGCCAGCUGUCACAGAGUGAGGGUGAGCGUUGGGCACAGGAGCAGCAGCGGCUCCAUGCCAGGACACCAGAGGGCAUGGUAGUCCACCCCAGGACCAAAGCCAAAUCCCAGUCCCUGCCAAGGAUGCUGCAGCCUGAGAGCCUGCAAUAUGUGGAUAUAGCUUCAUCUGGUCAGGAACUGUACAGGCGGGUCAAUGGCCACCCACUGUCACACCACAACCUUUACAGGGCAGCUCACUGGCCGGAGAAUGGGAGGCCAGCCAGCGCCAACCAACUCUUAAUGACACCAAAGUCCCGCUUCACCCGACCCCCUAGACCUCCCUCCUACGAGAUGCACCAGCAGAUCAGGGGAAGCUGUGAGGUGUUGUCUGGGAGAGACUCAGUUAUCCCCCAGGCCAGGGAUAGAACACCACUUCCCUUAUCAAGGACAGGUGACACCCAAUUGGACUAUUUUGCACAGGACUCUGGACCUCCAGGAUACAUCCCUCCCCCAUCAUAUAAGAGAGCCCCAAUGAUGGGAGGGGGGCGCCGGGGAUAUGGUGAAAUUGGUGUUGACUACAGGUACAGAGGAGAUAUAUACCAGCAGAUACAGGUAGCUCCAGAUGGAUCUCACUGGAUCACCAGACAUCCAGCAGGUUCCUGGCCUGAUCCCCAGAGAGAGAGAAGCAUGUCCAGCCAGAAGCAGCUUUAUCCUGUGUAUACUACCCAGGAGCGCCCCGGUGGAGGGGUCCAAUAUAUCCCCUUCGAUGACCCCCGCAUCCGCCACAUUUCCUCAUCCCUGGGUGGCAAUUCUCUGACGGACGCUGACAAAAUCCGCCACAUCCGCAAUGAGCUUCCCAGCGUCACCGUGUCGGAGCCUGUAUCCGACGACAGUGCCUUUUUGCCCCCGCCAUUGGGGCCUUUCAUCGCUGCCAAACUGGCAGAUGAUGCCAACCAGACGUGUUCUAGCGACUUCGACAAUGACAAUAACAGGUGGCACAGCAAUUUGCACAAAGAGACUGUCGAUAACUUCCCAGCAACUGACCAAAACUGCAACAACAGAUAUCCCAAAAACCAACGUCCUCCUCCAUCGCCCUCUUCAGCCUUCCACGCCCCAUUAACAAGAGCAUCAUCUCGCCAGGGGUCCAGUUCAGAUCAGGUCUUUGCAGAAACCAUCACUCAAGUAAAGAAAAUUGUCCCAGAAUCGGGGCCUGAAAACAACAGGAACAGCAAGAGAAGAGUGAGUGAGACCAUCUUCUGCCUUGUGUCUGUCCCCGUUCACACACCGACUAACAUCAACAAAGACUCAGCGGCAGAUCAGAACAACAAUGAGACAAUACCAAGCCUGACUGUCACCAACACAGAUACUUUUGCUGUAGGCCUCAAAGAGACACACAAUGUGCGAAGCAAGUCUGUGAACGAGAUGCCCAUUAAACCCCACUACUCUCACUUUCACACCAGCAGCACAUCCUCCAUGAGGAAUUACAAGAGAGCUCCUUUAAGGAAGGAGAUUAUCGAUGCCUGGGCACUUCAAGCCAGUGAAGACAAAGAGUUGUGUUAUGCUGGGUCCUGGCCAGGAAACCAAUAUCGUAACCAGGAAACUCAGACUGGCUCACCUUUGACGGUGGUAAAAAGUCCAGAACCCCAGAUCCCUCCUGGAGUACAAGAGCCUGUUCAGUCUGCCUCAGAUACAACCACAGACAGUGGUAUGGGGGCAGACAGUAACUCCUCUUAUGGUUACCCCAUGACUGGCCAGAAAAACCUUCAUCCCUCCAGCAACAGCGCCUUUUCCCGUCUCAGCCUCAGCCCAACACAACCACCCUUGGUGCAACCCUUACAAGACCUAUCCUCCCCAUUUAAGGACCGGCAUCAGGGAGACCUGCAGCCAUCGUCUCCCAGGAAAGGCAAUUCCAGUCCCCCAGAAAGUGCGGAGCAAGUGGCCUUUGGUCAGUUCCUCUUAAAGCCAGUAAACCGACGACCCUGUGAUGCCAUUGGUGAACUGGAGAGCAUUAAUAAGGAGAUGGAAGACACCAUCAGCAAAAGACCCAAUGUGGGUCAAAGUAUUGAUGAUUUAGAUGGAGUGAAGAUGAAAUCAGAUCGGUUUAAAUCAGGAGCACAUUUCAAUGCUGGUCCAGAACCAGGCAGGGAAGCUAUCAGUCUUCCACCCAUGCACAUGGAAAUACCCAACAACAUUAAAGUAAGGUCAACGUCUUUUGCUUCUACUGCUGAUCUAGACUCUAUGGUAAUGAGAAGUGCUUUCUCCAGGCCACAGACCAAUAACUUACCCUCAACAAAUGAGGUGUCCAUAAUCCCCUGUCCAGGCCCAAGAGACAAUUGCCUCCUGUCCUCACUGUCCCUACACAGUGAAUCAAACCGACUAUAUAGGCAGGACAUCCCAGUCCCUCAAGAGUCAUUGCUGAGGGAUGUGGGGCUAACAGUCUACACAGAGACUCCUGGUGGUCCUGGGGAGCCAAUGCAGCGCUCACUGUCUGUCCCAUCUCCACUUGAUCACAAGGAGCUCAGUCAGUCAGCACAGCUCUCGUGGGAGAGCAGGACAGCACUUGUUAAAAAUAGUGGUAUCCCUGAGCACAAUUUGAAUCAAGAGCUUCAGGCUGAAGGGGGGACGGAGAGAAAGGCUCAAUCAGAUGACAAACCACAAUUCAGGGGUGAGCUCAGUUUGGGCAUCUGUAGGACCAGGAGCGAAAGUAACCGAUCACCUAAGAGUGAAGGUUCCCCACAUGUCACCAGGUUGAGAAGGGAGGUUUCUUUUGUGUUUGAGGGUGAUCAUGGCAAUGAUAGAUACAGCAUCUCUGAGCCUCUGAACUAUAAGAAAGAGUCAACAAUAGCAGAUAAGCACCUGGAGAAUUUACUGAUUCAGGAGAAAGCCAAUGCUUUACCUGCAGAGGACCUUACCAAACUGUAUGAGGUCAAAUGUGCAAAGGGCAUCCCUGAAAAUGAGUCCAUCGAGCAGAGGGCUGCCAGAAUCCUGGGUAUAGCCGUUCCAGUGGAGGCGUUGGGCGUGGCUGACAAACAAUCAGAGGACAAUGAGGAUGAUAUUGUAACUAGUGUAGCUGAGAAUUUUCCAAGUCAAGACGAAGAGAAACAGCAGGUGAUAGGAGAGUGUGAGCAAGUCAAAGAAGACUCCCUGAUUGUCCAGGGAGCAGAGACAGAGGAGGUCAACGAGACAAGAUCGGGAGUGGACCAUGGAGUGGAAGAUGACAGACAAAAGCACAGCAACAGCCAUGAUGGUGAAGACAACCAAGAUAUUGACACUCAGUCAGCAGCAGUGCUGGACCUGCCCGAGUUUCCACCCAGUAACCUUCCCCUAUCCCUACCCGUCACCCCUGAUAAAAAGCUAGCACUGAGCACGUGUACUGGAGAAAAGAAGGGGCGUGGUGGAACAUGCAAACUAAUCGAAUCCCUGCAAGAUAAGCUAAGCUCUUCUGCUUCUUCAUCUGCCACAUCUCUGGGCAGGUCAACCCCAGACAGAAUGGCCCGCUUCAAAGAGCUGGACUCAGUGUCUCGAAUAAGACGCCUCAGCCUCAAAGGCUCAGAGUCCGAAGGAGAAGCUGAUUCUGUAGAGCGAGAUGGCGACAGAGACGAAAGCGAGGUUCAAGAAGAGACAAAGGGGGAGGUUGUGGAGAAAAAAGAGGACGAAGAGGACAAGAAAGCAGAAAAAGAAGACAGGAAGGAGGAGGAAAACCUAGAUGAACAUGAGAAUGCACAUGAAACACAUGACAAGAUAGGAGACCCUGAAGAAGAAUGUAAAGCUGAAGAAGAGAAUGAAGGGAUAUGCAAGGGAGAGCAAAGACAAGAAGAGGAGACAGAAAACGUGAAUGUUGACAUUGCACUAGAUGUAGGGAAGGAAGGAAGUAGAGAAGUAGAUAUUGAAUUAAAAACAGAAGAGGCAGAAGAAGAGGUGGAACUGGAAAUUGUGGAAGAUGACAAAGAAAAGCCUGUAGAGAAGGUGAGAGAUGGACAGAAUGGAGCAGAAGUCAGCGGAGGAGAACCGACACAAGACGCUGAGGGAGAACAGAUACCCAAACCAAAGCAGCGCACCAGGCUCCAGAAGCCUCCUCUGCUUCCUAAACCUCGCAGCGUUCCCAAGAGAGAAAUAACUCUGCCACUCAACUUCAGCACUGGGACCUGUGGCCCCUCAAAUAUGGAGGAUGAGGAGAUGCUCUCUGUCUCAGACUCCUACGACCCCAGUCGAGUGGAGAGAGUGUAACCUCUGACUCUGCCUUCACCACUGUGGAAAUCUGUCUUUCUCGAGUUAACAGCUUUUUCCAACAACAAAGGCUUUCAUCUCAUCUCAUAGCUUAGUCAGCUGUGACCCGUCCAAUAUUGCUACACAUUACUCCUCACAAAACUGUCCUGGUGCUGCGGGAGCAUUUUUACAGCCAAAUAAAGGCGCCGCUGGUGCCAAUUCUCCAGGCCUUCUCAACCUUGUCCUUCCAUUCCAUCCACUCCUCAAAAGUUUAUCUGCUCACAGCAAGCGGACUUCCUCCUUUUUGAAGUUGUCUUAUUUUGCUUUUGGAAAAAUGCAUGUCAUUAUUCCCGUCUGCACUCGGGCUCCGUGCUGAGCUUCAGUGUUGAAAUAUGAAUGUAAAAGUGCUUCUGCUCUUCAAACAAAAGAAAUGUAACAGAAAAAAAAUAGAAAAGAUGGCAACAGUAUUGCAUUACAAUCAGUAUUAAUCUACACCAAAUGUAAAUAAGAGAAAGGUAUAAGAUUUUAUUAAGAGUAUUAAAAAAACAGUUUAAGACAUUUAAUUGCUGAAUAAAUGUAUAUUUUCUUAUCUAUGUUAAGAAAAGACUAGAUUUUUGGAAGUGUAGUCUUUGGGUGUAUUACUAAUAAUGAAACCCCCUGCUCUUUAUUCUUAUACUUGUGUGAUAUAGAAUGUACUCAGAGCCCGGAUUGCAAUGAGAAACACUGUGGUCCUUGAAUAGUUUCACUCAAGAGCAAUAUAGUCGUCGUACACAGGGCGUUCGUGACAUGAUUUGAGUAGUAAGUCUCCUUUUCGAGGAGCUGAUCUCAUUUAAAUGUCUGCUUUAAAGCUUCUUCUUUCGGUACAAGUGUUAGAUUGGCACUGCUGAGAUGAUUGGCUUUAUGUUACCAGCGAUGCACCUGGUAAUCUCUUCAAGUACUCAGAGAUUAGACCCGGUGGGAUUCAUGUUCGCACCCUCCCCUGUUCCCCGGCGCCGUCAAACUCAGCAUUAGCCAUCGCAGCAUGUAUCAGAACUGUCUGAUUUGGGUGUUAUUUUUUGUUAAUCCUCAUACUGUUCAAGAAGAAAACUAUAUUUUGUGGCAUUAACAGAAGUCUAUAUUUAACCGUGUGGUUUGCUUUGUUCACAUCUUAGUUUGUGUGUGAUUUCAGAAGUGCUUCUUUUGCAGGAAGUGAUAGAUGUAGCUAUAUUGAUCGCAGUGUGCCUUGUACACACUGUUUCUGUGGAGAACUUCAUUUGUGUGUCAUACAUCCAGUAUUCUAAUUUAACUCAUUUAAACUGAACAUCAGUAAUUCAGUUUACUUUCAUGAAAAAAAAGAAACAUUUGAAGUUGUUUUUGGCAAUAAUAUUGAAUAUUAAGCUAAAUAUGCUUAAUAUUGAUGCUGUACAGAACAUUGCUUUUGGAAUACUAAUCACAGUAUCUGAACAUGUUCAGUAAUUUAAUGUUGACAUAUCAGUGCUUUAUAAGUUGUGGGCAUAACUGGCAAUUGGUUUAAACUCACUUUACUUAUGGGGUAGCAAUACAAGAAAUUUCAAAUCAUACCAAACCAAACUUUACGCUAUGCAUUUGGACAUCAACAUUUACUGGGUUUAAUACCAAAUUCAAAGCUAAAACUGCAACUUCUGGUUUGCUUGUUUGACCGUGUCACCUGCAAGAUUGUUGCUGUUGUCCGUAAAGCCCAUGUUUGAUCCAGCUGUAUGUGACGUUGAAGCCGUUGGAUCUGGUUGUUGACUUGUGAGGAAGCAGCUCUGACUCAAGAUCAUCAGUAGAAGCUCCUCACAAGUUUUGUUUUUGUCCUGUUAUCAACCCAGUCCCUGUACCUCUGUGUUCCAGGUAAUGUGUUAUCUGGUCAUUCUCGUAGGUCUUUUUGUACUGCAGGUUCUUUGUAACAUAUAGACUAUUGGUGCACAUCUUGCUUUGAUAUUUUCUAUUUUCAUACAGGAGUAUGUACAGCUUCUUUUGUAUGCGCGGCAUCUUUUUUUUUUCUUUUUCUUUUUUUUUGUGCAUGAAAUGCGUAAGACGUCACAGAGAAGGUGUAUUUGCAUAUAAUUGCAUUUGGUACUAUAUAGUCUAUCCAAUAAACAACUGUUAUAUUUCAUAUAAUGUAUAUUUUAUUUUCAGAAGUUAUGCUACAUAUUUAAAUCAGAAAUCAAGGUAUUUUUAGAUUAUUGUGAAAAGGGAACUGUUUUUGAAGGCACAAUAUUUGUCUAUAUUUGAAAUGAUCAUUAUGAAUGAUCAUGAAUAGAGACAAGUGUGUGCUAUUGUACAGUA